AUGCAGUGGGCCGGCAAGCAGUUGAAGCGCUUCUUCCAGCCUAAGCCGGCUGAUGAAUCUCCUCGCCGCCCGACGGCCGAGGCUCAUCCACAGGAGUCUCGAACAAAGGGCCAGCUGAAAGAAGAGGCAGUGAGAUUGAAAAGCCAACUUGACGCCUUGACUGCGGGACUGGAAGUUUCUGUUGUGAAUGGGACUUGGGUUCAACGCUUCAUUGAUCUGCACCAGCAGCACCUGGAGAUUGGCUGUCGACUGGAGGAUGGCACCGUAAAUGUGCAGGCAGAGGUCAAGCGGCUGCAGCACGUUUUGGCCCAUUCCAAAGUCGUGGCGGCGCUGGACACACCCGGGUUGUACCGCGGACGGACUGGCCAUUUAGGGCCGCCAGCGCGACGGACGGACGUUUUCAGCUCGAGCUUAGAUGAUGACAGUGAUGAGGCAGUGGCACCCGGCGUGAAUGGUCAUCCGGCGAGACAAGGUCAAGCAGCGAAAGGUUCCGGAGAGGAUCACGACGACCUGGAGCGCUCGUAUGAUGCUUUUGACACUUUCCACGCGGCAGGUGGCUCGUUUCAGCCGCCUUCGCGCCAAACGAAUCAGGCCGAGAAGUCUGGACGUGCGCAGGAAGUAGACUCAGUAGACUCUGCAACAGCAGCACGCGCGGCAGCAGCGCGCAAAGCGGAAGAA